GCUAACAUUAAUGCUCAAAUAUGUUUGUGAAUAUGCCUUUAUCUUUUUCAGCAUCGUGCUGGAAUGCGUCGAUGAUGACCUUUACCGCCAAUUUUCCCAGUUACGAAAUAUCCGAACAGAUCCCGUAUCUCUAUAUUCAGGUUCAUCUAUGACUUCACUUCAUCUCUCUGAUUGCUUUGACAAAUUUACUGCUUUGGAAAGGCUCGGAAUGCGAGAUUUAUGGUAUUGUCGGAAGUGCAAAGCUGAAAAAAGGGCAACUAAGAAAUUUGACCUCUGGAGCCUCCCCAAGGUCCUUGUUAUUCACUUGAAGCGAUUUCGUUCAAAUUUACGUUUCCAUGAUAAAAUUGACACCUUGGUCAAUUUUCCAAUCAAGUGA